AUGAAUACGUUAUCUCCACCUCUAUCUUUUCAUUCAUUCUUUCUUCCAUUUCUUUCCUUCUUCCAUUUCUUUCUUUCUUCCAUUUCUUUCAUUUUUCCAUUUCUUUCUUUCUUUCUUUCUUUUCUUUCUUUCUUCCAUUUCUUUCUUUCUUUCUUUCUUUCUUUCUUUCUUUCUUUCAAAUUAUCAUUAACGCUACCUCUAUCUUUCUUUCUUUCUUUCUUUCUUUCUUUUUUCUUUCGUUCACAUAUAACAGUUUCUUUCUUUCAUUUAUUUCUUUCUUUUUCUUUUUCCAUUCUUUCUUUUUUUUCAUUCCUUCCUUUCAUUUUUUCUUUCAUUUCUUUCUUUCUUUCUUUUUUUCUUUCGUUCACAUAUAACAAUUCUUUCUUGCUUUCACAUAUAUACUGCAUUUUUCUAUCUUUCUUUCACAUAUAUGCAUCUUUCUUUCUUUCUUUCUUUCUUUCUUUCUUUCUUUCUUUCACAUAUACACUGCGUCUUUCUUUCUGUCUUUCUUCCGGAAUUGGACCGUUGCUUGGAGAAAACGUGCAAUUUAUUUUAUGGGUUGUCACAUGUCAAACAUUAGAUUUUCUGCCUCAAAAGGUGCAUCCUGUCAGCGCACCGAGCAUUUUCCUUACACUCGACCAUUGCAGUGAGUCGAAACCCUACGUAAACACUGGAUUGAAAUACGUUGCCAUUGCAGACAUUAUCCAGAGAUUAAAAUGGUCAGAGGUGAACAUCAUUUACGAUAAUUCGUUGGGUGUAACGGAACUUCUGUCAAUUAUGGAAGAAUUGUCGGAGAGAUUCGUCAAAUCCUCGUUGUAUGCAAUCGACUCGACCUCCGCCGAUUACAAAGAAAAGAUCUUUGCCAAAUUCAUUUCGUUGAACCAAAAGAGUCUGUCGCCAAAGCAAUUUCUUGUGAUUCUUAAAAAUGAAACCCUCGGCGAAGUCAUUCACUUGGCAUCGAUUCUCCAGAUGACAAUCGGGAAAUCGUACUGGAUAUUCGUAGAUGAUAAUUUAGAACCAGAAGAAUUAGUAGAAUUCGGAAUUAAUCCAAGAAAUGCCAACAUGCUGCUUUUUCGAAGCGCAUGCGAUGGAGACGGGAAAGACGUUCGAAAAGCUGAUGAGUUAGUAGGCGAUCUUCAAAGACAGUUGCCAAAAGAUCACAAAUACAUUCUACCUUUGAUUUGUAUGGUAAUGAAAUCUUUGAAAAGCGAAGAGAUACCUGACCUCCACUAUUUCAGAAUGUGCACCGAAAACCCGGCCUAUUCUAUGUCAGAUGUCAGCGGAAUACUAAUGACGCCCCAUUCACCACCUUCCAACAGUUGCUACCCAGCAUUUGAAGUAUCCACUAUACAUAAAGGGUUUGCUAAUUCCAUAGCAACUACCAUUGCAAGAUGGCGGCCGGAUACGAAUCUGAUUGUGAAAGAUGAUUUAUUCCCUAACAGGAAGUACGGACUUGGAAAUGCCAUACUCAGAGUUUCUACAGUACCGCUGUCUCCUUACAUCACGAGGUUAGAAGGAAAUUCUUCAGAGUUUGAAGGUUUGGCCGUACAAAUUUUAGAGGAGCUUAGUCUACGAAUGAAUUUCAGUUAUGAAUGGCAAGAACCAGCAGACGAACAAUUUGGAAUGCUAAAGAAUGACUCAUUCACAGGACUUGUUGGUCAACUGGAAAAACGGGAAGUUGAUUUUGUUGUGGCCGCUUUAACAGUAUCAUACAGCCGAUCCCAAGUGGUCGACUAUACUUAUCCAUAUACCGAAGAAGGUCGUGGUAUGUUGAUAAAAAAGGCAACGGAUUCUUCGAUGCGAAUAAACACCAAAACACCUUCAAACGAUUUGAAGCUAUCACUUUCUAUUAAUAUCUAUCUAUCUAUCUAUCUAUCUAUCUAUCUAUCUAUCUAUCUAUCUAUCUCAGUCAGUUCAUAUCUAUCCAUGAGUUUAUUCAUAUCUAUCUAUCUAUCUAUCUAUCUAUCUAUCUAUCUAUCUAUAUAG